AUGGCGUCGCGACCAGGCAUCGAGCCCUCGCUCGACACAGUGCGUGAAGUACUGGCGUCGCAUGCGAACACGCCAAACCCGCCGAACCUCGUGCCCGUGUGCUCCUCCAUUUCCGCCGAGUUCCUCACGCCCACGUCCAUUUAUCUCAAGAUAGCCCACAAGUCCAAGCUAUCGUUCCUCUUUGAGAGUGCGGCCACGACGGAGACGAUAGGGCGGUACAGCUUUGUGGGUGCAGAACCUCGCAGUGUACUCAAGACCGGUCCUGGCCAUGGCCCAGAAUGUGAUCCCCUCCCGCUGCUCGAGAAGGAACUGGCCAAGUCCCGCGUUGCCGCCGUGCCCACACUGAAGCUCCCGCCCUUGACCGGCGGCGCCAUUGGCUACGUUGGCUACGACUGCGUUAGAUACUUCGAGCCCAAGACCAAGCGGGAUAUGAAGGACGUGCUGAAGGUGCCCGAGAGCUUCUUCAUGCUGUUCGACACGAUUGUCGCCUUCGACCACUUCUUCCAGGUCGUCAAGGUCAUCACGUACAUGAAGGUCCCCGAGAACCCUGAUCAGCUGGAGAGUGCGUACAACGAAGCCCAGGCGGUGGUGCAGGCGACGAUCGCAAAGCUCAAGCGUGAGGACGUGCCGUUGCCCGAGCAACCUCCGAUUAAAACCGACCUCGAAUAUACGUCGAACAUCGGGCGAGAGGGAUACGAGGGCCACGUCCACAAGCUCAAGGAGCACAUCAGCAAGGGCGACAUUAUCCAGUGCGUGCCAUCGCAACGCUUUUCGAGGCCUACUUCGCUGCACCCAUUCAACAUAUACCGCCAUCUACGUACCGUAAACCCUUCGCCUUACCUCUUCUACCUCGAGUGCGAGGAUUUCCAGAUAAUCGGCGCGAGCCCCGAACUGCUGGUGAAGGCCGACCAGGGACGUAUCAUCACGCACCCCAUCGCGGGUACGGUCAAGCGUGGCAAGACGGUGGAGGAGGACGAGCGGCUGGCCGAGGAGCUGCGGAGCUCGUUAAAGGACAGGGCCGAGCAUGUAAUGCUCGUGGAUCUUGCGCGCAAUGACGUGAACAGGGUUUGCGACCCGCUUUCCACGCGCGUCGAUCGCUUGAUGGUGGUGCAGAAGUUUUCGCACGUUCAGCACCUGGUAUCCGAAGUCUCGGGCGUGCUGCGGCCCGAGAAGACGCGCUUUGACGCGUUCCGGUCCAUCUUUCCUGCUGGAACAGUCAGUGGCGCGCCCAAGGUCCGCGCCAUGGAAUUGAUCGCCGAGCUGGAACAGGAGAAGAGAGGGGUUUACGCGGGUGCCGUCGGCUACUUUGGGUACGGCAGCGUGAACCAGCAGGGCGAAGAGGAAGAAGGGGCCAUGGACACGUGCAUUGCACUGCGUACGAUGAUGACCAAGGACGGAGUUGCAUAUCUCCAAGCGGGCGGAGGGAUUGUGUUCGACUCGGACCCGUACGACGAGUGGAUGGAGACGAUGAACAAGCUCGGGGCAAACAUGCAGUGCAUCACGUCGGCGGAGAAAAAGCACCUGGCGGAGCAACAAGGCCAAGCGAGCGGACAGGACGCGGCGCAGGCGCACAUUGACCUGGCGGCGGGCUAG